AUGCCUAUCAUAAUCCGCGACAUCACAACAAUGGUAGCUCGACGCCUCGCCCAACUCUUCCGCAAAGGCUUUGUUCUCGCUGAUAUCCGCGAUGGCUACUUUCCAUCCCUUUUCCACGAGUUUUCUACAACAAGUACAAAUGCUCUGCACAUUCCCGGGAAACCCUAUCCGCAUGUCACAAGCUCGUUUGUGCAACGAGUACAGCAAAUGACCCCGCGUACGGCGGAUAAACUCAUCCGGACCACCAGACGUCACGAACUACACGGCAACCGCCUCAUGCCAUGCAGCUCUCACCAACAUCCCACACAUUCAGGAACUUUGUCAAUCAACCCCAACUAUAUUGUAGAAGAAUGGACGACUUCUAUCUCUUUGCAAAUUGCAACUUCGUCCCAGACCAAUACAACGCCGUAUUAUCACCCCUAUCCUCCCCUCCCCUCCCAACUAAUACCUCCCCCACAGUGGCAAUCCGCCUACAACCUCCUCGCACAAUACGUCUCCUACUCCGAACCCUCCACAAAAACUUACUACUUCGGCAUCCCUAUCGACUACGCGCACAACUUUUCUUCCACAACCAGCAUGUUCGCUUUCGAAGUGUACAGCAGCCGCGAAGACCUCUACGAAACGCACUUGACAUCGCCAGCCAUGCAGACAUUUCUCACGCAGAUUCCGGCAGCGAGUACGACGGGCUUGGAUCUGAACCACUAUCGUCUUGUUGGUGGAUUUCUUGAUUCUUCGGGUAGGCAAGCAGAGGCGGGUGUAAUACAGGAUAUGCGGAUUACGUGUGUUUCUGCUGAGGCAAGGGAAAUGUUAUUAGUGGUGCUGAAAGGACUUGUUGAUGGGGUUGAGGCGAAUGAAGGGAUGCUGACUUAUACGGCUUUCGCGUGCUUGGACGAUGAUGUCGGAGCGAGGAUAUUUGGACGAUGGAAGACGCGGGAGGAUAUGGAGAGGUUCAUUAGACGGGAUGAUGUGAAUGGCUUUUGGAUGAAAAAUAAAGGACAUGUGAAGGCAAUGGAGCAACGGUUAUAUGUGCCGAACGGUAAAGGGUGGCUACAUCGAGGGAGUGGAUACGCUGGGGAGAAGGGCCGCAAGUCCAAGCUAUGA